CAAAUUCACGAAAACGUCUUUGAGAAAAUCAGAGACAGAACAAACUGGAGAACGGGAGGAAACUCUGAAGCUGUACUCUCCAGUCCAAGUAUGAGCAGGAAAGACCUAAACGCUCAUCGAGGUCGACAGGGUUCAAGUCGCCCCAGACCUCAAAAAAGUGAUCAGUGAAAUCUUUUUUUAUAAAGAUAUUUUAUUUUUACCCAUUACAUGUAAUAACAAACCCACAGAGACUUCUCCGUGGAUUACCUGACCUACCAGCCUUCCAGAUGGGUAGCUAGACUACAUUUCCCAGAAGUACUUUGUAACCUGCUUGUGCUGCUCAUGGCCCUUGCGCACUCGAAGGAUUCUGGGAGUCGUAGUUCCACAGCUUGGUGCAGUGGGAGUUUCGCUACCCUUGAAGUGGGCGUGGUUAGACAGUGUCCUCCUCUGGAAAACGAAGAUAACGAUUGCGUCUCCCUCCCUGGGACGCCGUGAAGGUCACGUGAGAAAACAGCCGCAAGCCUCUGCCGCCUCCAAAGAGCCCCAGAAAUGCCAGUUCUUCUUUUCAGGGCGGCCUGGGCCACUCUGAGGCUCCCAAGCUGAAGGCGCAGGAUUGUUCCUCGAGGUUUCCUUCUUCUCCCAUAGGCUAACGACAAGACUGCGCCCUUGCGGUGAGUGGAAGAGGCGGGCGCAAUGACUUCCGAGCUCCCGAAGGCCGAGUCCCAGAAACGACUGACAUUCAAGGAUGUAGCGGUUGACUUCACUCAGGAGGAGUGGAAGCAGCUGAAUGUUGCUCAGAGGGAGCUCUAUAGAGAUGUGAUGCUGGAGAACUAUAAGAACCUGGUCUUACUUGGACUCCUUGUUUUUCAACCAGAUGUGAUCCACCAGUUGGAAAAUGGUGAAGUCCCAUGGAUACCAGAGGGAGAGCUCACAAGAAGUCCUCAUUCAGAUUCUCUCAUUCAGGAGAUGUGGUGUGAAACGGAGUCACUUCCAGUACAGGGCAUUUCUAUGGGAGAGUCAUCCAAUGAAGGACUUGCAAAGGAUAAUCGUAGGGGUCGCAAAUUGAUAGGAGUCUGGGAAUGUGACAACAGAUUACAAAGGCAGAAGGAAAACAAAGAGAAAAAAUCCAGGAAAAUGACCACCAAUCAUGGUGAUAAUAGACUUGAGAGAAAUUUUAGCCUGAGUUUAAACCUUCCACAACAGAGAAUUCCAAAAGGAAAAGGCAUUUGUAAAUAUGGUGUCCAUGCCAAGAACUCUAAGCAAUUUUCCAGUCUCCUUAAGUGUUAUAAAAUCUCCUCAAAUAAGAACCAUUGUAGAUAUAAUACAUGCAGGAAGUCCUUCAGUUACCACUCAGACCUUGGUCAGUAUCAUCGACCUGUCACUGGAGAAAAACCACAUGGGAAAUUUUUCAGGAAAACCUCACUAUGGAAGAAUGACAAUAUCCAUUCUCAAGAGAAACCAUUUGUAUGCAAUGAAUGUGGGAAGGCCUUCAUAGAAAGAGGAAGACUAACAGAACAUAAGAAAAUUCACACAGGAGAGAAACCCUUUGAAUGCAAUGAGUGUGGGAAGACCUUCUGCUACCCAUCAAAACUCACUCUCCAUAAGAGGAUUCAUACUGGAGAGAAACCAUUUAAGUGUAAUGAAUGUGGGAAAGCCUUCAUAGACAAAGGAAGACUUACUGGACAUAAGAAAAUUCACACAGGAGAGAAACCUUUUGAAUGUAAUGAAUGUGGGAAGGCUUUCUGUUACCGAUCAAGCCUCAUUGGACAUAAAAGAAUUCACACUGGAGAGAAACCUUUUAAAUGUAAUGAAUGUGGAAAGGCUUUCUGCUACCCCUCAAGUCUUACUCUCCAUAAGAGAAUUCACACUAGAGAGAAACUCUUUGAAUGUAAUGAAUGUGGGAAAGCUUUCUGCUACCCAUCAAAGCUGAUUUUCCAUAAGAGAAUUCAUACUGGAGAGAAACCCUUUGAAUGUAAUGAGUGUGGGAAAGCUUUUAUAGACAAAGGAAGACUUACUAAACAUAAGAAAAUUCACAUAGGAGAAAAGCCCUUUGAAUGUAAUGAGUGUGGAAAGGCUUUCUCCUACCCAUCAAAACUUACUCUCCAUAUGAGAAUUCACACUGGGGAGAAACCCUUUGAAUGUAAUGAGUGUGGGAAAGCCUUCAACUGCAAAGCAAGUCUUACUAAGCACAAAUUAAUUCACACUGGAGAGAAGCCCUUUGAAUGUAGUGAAUGUGGGAGAAACUUCAGGCAAACUUCAGCACUUCGAAAGCAUCGGAAACUUCACACUGGAGCUAAUCUACACAAGAUAUUUCAUACUGGGGAGAAACCCUUUGAGUGUAAUGAGUGUGAGAAGGCCUUCAAACACAAAGCAAAUCUUACAGAACACAAGUUAAUUCAUACUGGAGAGAAGCCCUUUGAAUGUAAUGAAUGUGGGAGAGGCUUUCGGAGACGCUCAUUACUUAGGAGGCAUCAGAGACUUCAUAAUAAACUAUAUUACGUUAAUGAGUGUGGGAAAGCAGUGGAAUCUUCCUCCAUCAGGGAAGCCCUUUGAAUGUAAUGACUCUGGAAAGUCUUGUAGCACCAGCUUCUCCCCUGGUCACCAUCAGAAUUCAUAAUGGAGAGUAACCUUUUAAAUGCAAUAAAUGCUGGACAGUCUUCCACAGUGCUGAUUCCUGGCUGCCUCCUGCCAUGCUGCUACCAUCACGCCACCCUCUUUUUUGAUCUGCCUCUCCAGCUUCCACUCUAGAGCCCUGUGCUCCUAAUUUAUGAGAGUUCACCUCAUCUAGCUUCACCAACCACACUGCUCUCUGGACAUUUUCUGCUAUGCCUCUGCCACUUUUCCUCACUCCCACGUUCCACCUCAGAGUCUAUAUAUUAAUUGCACACUACUGGAGGUAAAAAAAACAAGUGACUUCCUAGAUCACAACACCCUUCUCUGUUGUUCCUAUAUAUAUAUUCUUUCCUUAUUAGAAUGUAAGCUCCUGGAGGGUAGACUCUGGCUUUUUGCACUUAUGUCACUAGCACUUAGCAUAGAACCUGGCACAUUGUAAGCACCUAAUAAAUAUUGUUCAUUCAUUCAGUCCUUUGGGAAUCCUAGGAAACAACAUACCAAUAGAAACAGUAUCAUGGGGACAAAUGUAGGAAAGUCUUCAGCCACCAUUCAUCCCUUAGGAAUCAGGAAAAACUAAAUUAGCUAGCAAUGAUGUUAAUAUAUGAUAUGGGAAAGAUUUUGGCAGCAGUUCAUGUCUCAUGAGCCAUUAGAGGAUUGUUGUUAGAGAAAUCAUGACUAUAACACACUGGGGAAAGCUCUGAGUCAUCCCUCCUUAAGAAAGCCAUCAGAGAUUUCACAGAACUUCAGGAUGGAAGGAACAUCCAACCCUACGCCUGAAGGGGAAUCCUUCUACAAAUGCCUGAAGUGCUCAUUUAGUCUUUGCUUGACAGUUUGGAGGGAGGGAGCUUAUUCAUAGGAGCUUAGUUUGGCAGGGGGCGUAAAGCACUGGUCAAAAACUAAUUUCUGCCAAACUGCUUCCUAGUAAAAGGCCACAGUUUUUUUAAAAAAAAAUGGAAAGUGGUACCUUUCAGAUCUGUGGUUUGGGUACAAACCUGAGAGAAAUUUUAGUCUGAGUUUAAACCUUCCACAACCGAGAAUUCCAUUUUACCGUGAUAGCAAAAAACUAGAAUCAAAGUGGGUGCUCGUCAGGUGGGGAAUACUCUGAGAUUACCUGUCAUUUAGACAGCAUGUACAAUUGAUAUGUUUUCUCCUCCAUUAUAAUGUGAGAGCUCCUUGAGGGCAGAGACUGUAUUUUUUGCCUUUAUGCUUGGUACAUGGUACAUGGCACAUAAUGCUAAAUAAAUGCUGCUGACUGAAUUUUUGACCCAUGAACAUAAGGGAAUAUUGUACCAUAAGAAAUUAUGAAUAUGAAGAAUUUGGAGAAUCUCAAGAUUUGCUUAAAUUUAGGAAGGCUCAAGUAAGUAGAAGUAAGAGAACAAAAUGAACAGUGACCAUAAUAAUGGAAAUAAAAACAACUCUUUAAAGAUAGGAGGGGAGCAGCAGCUGGAUGGCUCAGUGGAUUGAGAACCAGGCCCAAAGACAGGAGGUGUUGGGUUCAAAUUUGGCCUCAGUCACUUCCUAGCUGGUGACCUUGGACAAGUCACUUAACCCCCAUUGCCUAGCCUUAACCACCUUAAAAAAAAACAAAAACUCACUUUACAUCUUAGAAUCAAUACUAUGAACUGGCUCUAAGGGAGAAGAGUGGUAAUGGCUGGGCAGUAGGGGUUAGGUGACUUGCCCAGGGUCACACAAGCUAGGAAGUAUCUGUGACCAGAUUUGAACUUAGGACUUCCCAUCUCCAGUCCUGGCUCUCUAUCCCCUGAGCCACCUAUACACCCUCUUACUACUCUUCUGCCUUGGAAUCAGUACUUUGUAUCAAUUCUGAGAGGUGGUAAGGGUUUUAAAAAAAGGUAUGAGAAAUCUUCAAUGUAAUAACGAAUGGAAGUAUAUAGAAACAUGCCUUUCUCCUCAUGAAAAGGGGAUCAACUAUAGGUGUUAAUCAGUAAAUCAAUAAACAUUUAAGUUCCUACUACGUGCCAGGCACCCAGGA